CAAGGCACUUGAUGAGUUCACGUGCCGCAUCGGAGCAUCGCCACAGAAUAACGGCGUCCCGGGCAGCCGACUGGGGCCCAAUGUUACCUUUGUACUUCCUUCCUUGGCGUCAGCCCAGGUAAGAAGGACCCGAGUAAGGCUCUCUUACUUAAACAUGGGAUGAGAAGCUCUCCAAAAGCUCGGCGUUUAUAUUCUCAUUAGUCCAAUUGCUUUGCUAGAAUAGCCCUUCGUGGACGCGCCCUGAAUCGUGAGUCGUUCUUCCGACUUCCAUUAUCUGAUCUUCGUUCUACCCACCAAAGCUUCCAAAUGUUUGGAUUUUUUGAAAGCGCUCCCCCUUCAUCGCCUCCAGACCCUGCUAAGCUCAUACUUCAACCCAAUGAAUGUCAAUCUCUUACCCUCCCCGACACGCGCAACCUUGGUUUCGCAACAUACGGCUCAACAACCCCCUCCGAUCCCGUGAUCUUCUUGUUCCACGGUCUCCCAGGGUGCCGCCUCGUUGGUCGUAGCUGGGACAAGCUCUGCCAAAGAAUCGGUGCCCGCCUCAUCACCAUCGACCGGCCCGGCUGUGGACUUUCAACGCUUGCCGACAGGGGACUCACCGACUGGCCUGACGAUGUUGUGAGCCUGGCAGACCAUCUUGGAAUCAAGCGGUUUAGCGUACUAGGGGCCAGUGGCGGCGGACCCUUCGCAUUAGCAUGCGCACGUUUCAUUCCGAAAGAGAGACUUCGAGGCACGAUUGUCGUAUGCGGUAUUGGGCCCAUAGAAGCUCUGCUAGACGCAGUGCCGUUUCUCUCUUGGCGCUUGAUGGGCCUAACGAAAUGGUUUCUGAAAGUUGCGGCCCGCUAUCUUGUGCUUCCCUCUCUUAUGCGCCCCUACCGCACUGGAGACCCCUCACGUCUCAAACGCGUGCUAGAGGACCAGGCCACAACCCCGGAAGAGAAAGCACAGUUCAAUGAUGAGAGCAGCGACACCAAUCUCGACGAUGCUGUCGCAGGACUCCUUGAGGCUUUCAAGCAGGGCACUGGGGGGUGUUAUCAGGACGGAACUGUGCUUGUCAGAGAUUGGGGAUUUGACUUGAAGAAUGUGGACAGCGAGAAAGUGUGGAUGGUGCAUGGGGACCAGGAUGCUCAAGCCCCCGUGAAGGUCGCGCAGUGGAUAGACGAACGGCUGGGCGGGGGGAGGUUGAGGGUUCUAGAAGGGGAGACACACUUCACUAUUUGGAAAAAUCAUUCUGAGGAGAUAUUUCGGCAGAGUGCGGAGGCGUAAAACAUGAUAUGGUUCUGAUGUCGCCUGGGAUGUAUAUAUAGCAACUCUGCUCGGCCAUAGGGAUUUGGCGCCCUUGCACCAAACAAUGAGACCUCUUCUCACAGUUUUUACGAGGUUUCUCAAACGUACGGAUGCUUGCCACCAUGAACAUGCUUAAAGUGACUUCAAGGCGUUCGCGUGGUCCUGGGAUACCUCAAUCCCGCUCAAUAGAGAGGCCGUAGAAGACAAUUCAAGGUCCCGGCCCGGUAGAGAUUGACGACGUUCAAGGCAAAGCGUAGGGA